UGCCUUCUCUCCGCAGUUGGCUGGACGACCAUGUGCUACGCCUGCAAGCCGACACUGCCGCCGCUGCCGCCGCACAGCAUGCCCCAAAUCUCCAGGAGAGCCGAGCCUACCGAGCCCCAAUACUUCACUUUUGAUCCUCUCCCGGAGGACGAGAAGGGUCCUGCCCACAGGAACUUCUCCAAGACCAGCAAACUCAAGAAACGUUCCCGGAAAGUACUCUACCCUCCAGUGGUAAAGCGUUACUACCCCACUGAGGGGCGCAGCUAUGCUAAACACCUCCUCUUCCUCUUCCUCGCCGUCGUCUUCUUCCAAGUCUACAGUGCAGAAGAAGACCACCUCCUUGCCGGAGCCACCCUUGAAGACAACAUAUCUGGCUGCUCUCAGCAGGGCUGGGAAUCUCAGGGCCAACCUGUCCUUUCGGAACAGCCCAUCACCACAGAGCAGCCUGUUGUACCAGCCUCCUCGCUGGAAAUCCCGGCGGAGGCCAAUGCUUCUGACUGGCACUGGGAAGAGGACAGGUCAUCCGGGUCUGCAGUUGACAUUACCCAUUUUCUGCAGCAGAAUCCAGCUGCUUUCUGAAGACCAACCCCUCCCACCAGAGGGAGAAAUGGACCAAGGCCUAGUCUGGAAAGUCACACUGAGGGACUGCCGUUGUCAUGGGCAAGACCCGGGCUUUAGAAAAGCCUGUUUCUAAAGCAGGAGCGAAGGUGGAGGAACUUGCGUGUUCCUGCCAGAGCUUGCUGAGUGAGGCUGACGUCAUAAAAACUUGAACUGAACUGACACUGCAUUAUGAAACAGGAGGAGGACAUUCCCUGUUGCUGCAAUAGAAGGAAGGGAAGGGUGAUAUUUAAUAUUUAUAUUUAUUAAUAAUAAUAAUAAUAAUAAUAUCUAUUUGUAAUUUUAACUGACUUUUAUUUAUGGGAGAUAAUAUGGAAAAUGCUGCUCGUGUGCUGCACCGUAAACUUUAAAAGAGCCCUUGUAAUGUUUGUGUCUCUCUAGCAAGGCAGAAUUAUGCUAGAGUUUGUUGGCCAUAAAUCUUUGAUAGGAAGAAGGCCUGAUUUUUUAAAACAAGGCCCGUUUUUAUGAUUUAUACGUUGGAGAAGGGACAAUGUUUUAAUGAAGGUUAUACUGUGAUUGCUGAAAUCCUGCAGGUAGUGUUGUGAUGCUCCGGUGCAUUUGG